GAAAUCCGACACGACGCUGAUAAUCGGAACGGAUUUCGCUACGAUCGAUUUCGGUGAUUUCUCGUACAUAUACCUCGUCAGUGCAGUACGCGAAAUCUCGAAUACGAAAAAACGAAUACGAUAUACAUAUAUAUAAACGUAAUAAUAACCAUAUCGGACUAGCCGAACGCUAGCAGAUAACACAGCGAAUAAGACCGUCGCGGAAACAUGACGUCCCCUGUCGGGCCGAUCUGUAGUCCACACUAUUUUUGUCUGCUAUUGGUAUCGACGUGCUAUUAUUAUGGUGUAACAAUGGCCAUUACAGUGGUUGAUCACGUGUCCAAGGAUCGAUAUCCAGCCGGAGGCAGCAAUACGGACACCGUUGACGACACGCACUUGCCAGAGAAAGUGGAAGACGAGGACGCGGAAAACAAACAUUUCAUGGACGUUUAUUCGUUGCAAAGCGGACCCCAACAAUUAGAGUUUGGACACGUGUUCGAGGAUCCAAACGUCUGGGAACAGAGGUAUGAGAAAAAAGAUUUCGACGCCCAACGAUACCAAGGAAAGGUGAAAUGGGGUGACAAAGACGGCAGUUACGGUGAACAGUACUGGGAUUUAAACCACGGCGGCGCUGGAGAAUCAUCCAACGAAAACGAGAAAAACGAUCAAUACGAAGAACAUACCCCAAUCGAAUACGGACAGGAGAGUCGUCAGAGACCCGUGAUUUAUAAGCCAAUGACGAUUACACUCCUUAAGAAUAAACCUAAGAAACCCGUUAGAAGUGUACGAAACUAUCCAAAACGAUUAGUAGAACCAUCAGCAGCACCGACAACUAUAGGAAGUUCCACUAAAAAAACAGCUCCUGUUUUAGUUUUUGAUAUGAAGACUGGAGUGGUCAUGGAUGAAGCCACAGGAAAUAAAUUCAUUUUGAAGCCGAUAAAAAAUUAAUGAUUUACUUAUAAUAUUGUUUUAUUUUAUACAAUUUACUAUAAAAACCAGAAACAACUACAUGGCCAAAUCCACAUGGAUUAUUAAACUAUAACACUGGGAAACGUAAUUAUUUUCAAUGUUAAAAAUUAUGUUAAUUAUCAAAUAUUAUGAUGUAAUUGCGUUAACACUAAUUGUCGUUUUUACAAACACGAGUACACAACUAAUUCAUUUUUUUUUUAAUGUA